AUGACUCUCAAAGUUCUACAAGCCACUGAAGCAGAUGCCCCUAGGGCUGCCGCAAUUGAGACGAUGGCUUAUGGCCCAAAUCCCCUCGACUCAGUUCUAUUCCCUGGGCCACGAACCUCUGGUCCUAGCACCAGAGCCUCGGAUCUUGUUGACAUACUCCAAAAUAGUCCUGCCUGUCGAUGGGCAAAGGUUGUUGACACCAAUAUUGGUGAAAAUGAAGACGAGAUGGUAGCCUUUGCCAUGUGGUAUAUCUGGGAGACUCCUCCGACAGACGCACAGCACUCCUUCUCUUCUGACCGGGGACCGAGUUCUAACCCAGAAGUAUGCAAACUCUUCUUCGGUGGCAUGAACAAGAUGCGAGUGGAUUAUAUGAAAGAAACCCCAUAUGUGUAUCUUAAACUCUUACAUACAGAUCCGAAGCACCAAAGGCGUGGAGCAGCAUCGCUUUUACUUGAGUCGGGGCUUAAAGAAGCUGAUCGUCUCAAUAUCCCAUCUUGUUUAGAAUCUUCCGUUGAAGGACGAAAGCUCUACGAGAAGUUCGGGUUAAGGGAAGUCGACCGAAACACAAAUGACUUUUCGCGCUGGGGCGGUCCGGCGGAUAUUACCAUUCCCUUGAUGGUUCGCCCUGCGGGGUGGAAGCGUGCUGAAUAG